AUAUUUAAAAAUAAUAAUAAAAAAAAUUGCCCCAACGACCAACAUUUGACUUUAUUAACAGACUGCUCCGCUCUCUCUUGUGCAGAUAUGGGCUGAUGGAUCUAUCGUUUAUCUUCUUCAAUAGGAAUCCAUAGCUCUCUCUCUCUCUUUUUAUCAAACAGCUUAAUUUUGGUUGAACUCCGACCAACCAAUCGUCUUCACUUGGAAUCUUUCUCUUCCCUUUGAUUUUCUUGGCAAACAAACAGAGCUUAUCAUUUUCUACGUCUUUUAUAUGCAUCCCUCUUGCAUGCGUAUAUAGCCUAUAUUCUUAAGAUUUUAUCAGUUCUGAUUGCUUCAGGUUUUGUUUACUCUUUCUUUCUUUCUUUUUUAUUAUCAAUUUGAGGACCCUAUGUAUCUUUGCAUAUUAUUCUUUUCUAUUUUAUCUUUUUUUUUUUUUUAAUAUUAAUCCUUCUGAUUUUGCUGGAAGACCUUUGCUCUGUUAAUUUUGUUUGUUUCACUAUAUUAAAAAGAAUAAAUGUGCAGCUUAUAUAUCCUGCUUCGUAGGUGAAGAGUAAAUGACUUUCUUUUUUUUUUUUUUAAUCACAGAUGAGUCAAUGAAUUUGACUAUUAUUUUCCCACCUUUUAGUUUCCGAAAAUUUAAAUGAUUAAACUUUGCCAGAUAUUUGCUUGGCCCUGUACUGCUAUAUAAAUGGAAGAAUUACUAUUCUAAGUUUUUUAUAUCGAGAUUACAGCUUUUCUAACUGCUGAAGAUAUAUAUCAACUUGAAUGAGAAGGGAGGAAGCUUACCAACCAAUUUUCUUCAUUUCUGUUCACUGCACGUGUUUGGAAGGUUCUGUGGGAAGUGGGUCUGCGAUUGUAUAAUAUAUUAAUGUAGACUAGAUAGCUUAUUGUGUUGUUGACCAAUCACUGGUGGAAUGCUUGAUUUUUGGUCACUUCUACCUCCACACCCUGUGUUCAAAUAUGGGUUUUAUUGGUUAGCUUCUCCAAGAAUUUUAUCUUUUUGUGGCAUGGGACUCCCUCAGUGCAGUUUAAUUUAGUUGAACUGAGUUUUUUUUUUUUUUUUAACUGAUUUGAAUCCAAGUGUAUGAAUGAGGGAGAGACAUAUGGUGGAUCCUCUUCCAAUCCAUGUGCUUCAUGUGGCAAGAUGAUUCAUGAAAGAAAAUUUCAUGGAUGGACUUCAAAUUCUAUCAAGUUUUGUAACUUUUAAUUUAAUGUGGAAUACCUUCAUUGAAACAUUAUUUACAUUGUUCAGUCUGCCAUUAAUGUCAUAAUCACUUUUCUUUGUUGUUGGUUCCCUACAUGAGAAUAUUCCUUUUUUCCUUUUUUAUAUGGCUUAAAGUCUGAUUGUAUAUUAUGACUUUGUAGUUGUGGCAACUUAAAACUAUUUCGAAGUGGCAACCUGUAAAGGUAUUUUUGACCUUCUGAACAAUGAGGAAGUGGGGAAUAAAAUGAGGUAAAAUGCAUGAUUUAGUCGGUGACCAUGGAAAAGUUUGGAUGUCAUUCAGUCAGAGGGAAUCUUGAUGAGGACCUAAGUCAAUGCAAUGUCUUCAAGUAAAAACCAUAUGCAAGGGCUUAGUAAUGAUGGGGCUCAGACUCAAAACUCUUAUUCUAUAAACAGGCAUAAUGUUGAAGCAAAUCUUACAAAGAGAAGGUUUAAAAGUGAUGAAAAUUUCACUUAUUCUGAAGACAGAGAGGCAAUGGAGCUUUAUUCACGAUUGAGAGCACAGAAAGAAGAGGUUCAGAUUCUUCGUGAACAAAUUGCAGCUGCCUGUGUUAGGGAGCUGCAACUGCUGAAUGAAAAAUAUGUGUUGGAAAGGAAGUUUUCUGACUUGAGAAUGGCAAUUGAUGAGAAGCAAAAUGAAGCUAUUACAUCUGCCUCGAAUGAAUUGGUUCGUAGAAAAGGUGAUCUUGAAGAAAAUUUAAAAUUGGCCCAUGAUUUGAAGGUUGUAGACGAUGAGAGAUAUAUUUUCAUGUCAUCCAUGCUUGGCUUACUGGCUGAAUAUGGUGUUUGGCCCCAUGUCAUAAAUUCCUCUGCUAUAUCCAACAGUGUAGAGAGCCUACAUGAUCAAUUACAGUCAAAGAUUCGAACUUCACAUGAUAGAAUCAGAGAGUUAGUGGUGGGUGCUCAUGCUCAGAAUGAGAGUGAAUAUCAUGAUAAAGAUAACACUGGUACUGGCAACUUGAUGCGUCAAUCUCCUCAUCAAUCCACGAUUAAAAAUGGCAUUUCUCCUUCUAAUCACUAUAUAGACGAAUGGCAUCUGGAGCCUACUAAUAAAAUGAUGAGAUAUAGACGUGAAAUUGAUAUGGCAGACAAGACGCAUCAGCAGUUAAACAAGAACAAUUUCUCAGAUUUCUCAUUUGAUCCUUCUAGGAAGGUUGUUGGUCCUCUCUCCAACAGUUUGUUUGAUAAAGUUAAUGUGAGAACAGGAGAUGCGACCAAGGACUUGCUGCAUCCUUCCACCACACAUGAUGAGAUUGUUUCCUCAGUUUCUGAAGAGGGUCCUGGAAUAGAGGGUUUUCAGAUUAUUGGUGAAGCUACACCUGGAGGAGAACUCCUUGGAUGUGGAUAUCCUGUGCAUGGAACUUCUCUUUGCAUGUUUCAGUGGGUUCGCCAUCUUGAGGAUGGCACUAGGCAAUAUAUUGAAGGAGCUACGAAUCCAGAAUAUUUUGUCACUGCAGAUGAUGUCGAUAAGCUGAUCGCUGUUGAGUGCAUACCAAUGGAUGACCAAGGCCGUCAGGGAGAACUGGUGAGGCUUUUUGCAAAUGAUCAGAACAAAAUCAAAUGUGACCCACCAAUGCAACAGGAGAUUGACAUGUACAUCUCUAAAGGUGAAGCCACAUUUAGUGUUCAGUUGCUGACGGACUCUUCCGACCAUUGGAAGUCAGCAACUCUAGUUUUGCAACGAUCAGGCUAUCAAAUGCAGAGCAUUAGUGAGGAAGCUGUACUGAUUGCAGAGAAAUUUUCGAAGAACUUAUCAAUCAAAAUUCCUUCUGGAGUCUCGACACAAUUUGUUUUAACAUGUUCUAGUGGAUCUUCUCAUCCUCUUAAUACAUACGAUGUUAGGACGCGUGAUACUCUUGUGUUGACCAUGAGAAUGUUCCAAAGCAAGGCAUUGGAUGAUAAGAGGAAGGGUAGAGCAUAAAGCCACAGUCUCACAGAUAUUUCAGUAUAGUUUAUAGUAAAAAAAUUCAUUCUUGUAGAAGAUGGGAGAAGACAAUAAAUCUGCAGGAAGUUUUGGACAUAGAGAAAAAAUUUCAUUGGAUGUUUCUGUAAUGUAAAUUGCUAUUCCUGUCCUUUGUAGGUGGUGGAUCACACAUUUGUAGCAUAUAGAUAGCAACUUGGUAAGAUUCCAUGGCGUAUUUUCUUCACUGUUGUUCCUGAUUUAAUAGUUGUCUAGAUAUAAUGCAGUGGUCCUCCAAAUUUUCACUUGAGAUUCUCAGUUGUUUUGUGUCAGCCUUGUAAUGCAUAUACUUUUCCUUUUAUUAUUUUUUUUAGGUUGAUUUGGCUUCUAUUGAA